AUGCCUCUAAGUAGUUCUUGUCGCGUCACCGAAGACGUUCAACUCGGUAGUGCCAGUGCUGAUAAUGAUUUGAGCGUGUUAGCUAAUCCACACGAAAGAAAUCGUAAAAUUGAACAAAACUCCACGUUGGAAUGUGGUUGUAUUCUUACAUCUGAUCAAUCUCGUUUAACAAUUAGCGAUAAAUGCAAUUUAUCGCUAAAGGACAUGAAAGUAAUUCAUCGAUUAGCUGAACCACUUCGCUGUUUGUGGAAAACAAUUGGUCGAGAAUUAUCGCCAUGUUUCAAUGAAAAUGAUUUAAAUGAUAUCAAUCAACGAUAUUAUCUGAGUGAUGGAAACCAUGAAUGUGCUUAUCAAUUACUACGAGAAUGGUAUAUACGUGAGCCAUAUCAAGCAAAUGUUCGUUGUUUAUUAACUCGAAUGAAACUUCCUUUCGAUUUAAUUGAAAUCAUUCACAAUGAUGUUGUUAGGACAUUUCUUUCCUCGUAA